AUGGCAUCACUCACUCCUUCUCCACAAAUUCCAGCUUCACGACCUGAAAUUAUUCAGUCGUUAAUAGAUGGUGUAGAUCGUUAUAAUCCGGAUAACGUCUCUAUACUGGAAGAUUACCUUACUACACAACUACAGAAUGAAGAAUAUGAUCUAAUGGCAAAUUUGGCCAUUCUUAAAUUAUACCAGUUCAAUCCACACCUAGUUAACGAACAAGUGAUUAUCACUAUUCUGGUUAAAGCUCUGACAGCAAUACCGAAUCCCGAUUUCAAUCUAUGUCUGUAUUUAUUACACGAGAAUUCUUUUGAAGAUGAACAGAUUGGUAAACUGAUAUUUCUUCAACAACUAUUGGAACAAUCGCGCUACGAACAAUUCUGGGAGGAAUAUGAAAAGGAUGACACGUAUCGCGAGUUGACUAGUGAAGCUGUUGGAUUUGAGAAUGCUAUUAGAAAAGUAAUUGCUACGGCAAUCUCCAUAUCUUAUCAAAGCAUCUCUGCAGACUUAUUACAGGCUUAUUUCAAUUUGGGUUCUGCUGCGGGUGAACCAGAUGAAGAAUUUCUAGCGUUCAUCAAAUCGCUAGGAUGGACAGAAUCGAAUGGUAUUGUACAUAUACCAGUGAAUAAAGAUAACGAGGCGAAACCUACUGUGAUACGAGAAAAUAUAAAGUUUGAACAAUUAACCAAAGUUAUUGGUUAUUCAAAUGAGUUAUGA